AUGGCGUUGUUUAGAAAGUUCUUUUAUCGAAAGCCGCCUGAUGGGCUCUUGGAGAUCUCUGAAAGGGUUUACGUUUUUGAUUGCUGCUUUUCUACGGACGUUUGGGAAGACAAGGAAUAUAAAAUCUACAUUGGAGGCAUAGUGGGUCAACUCCGUGAUCAUCUUCCUGAUGCUUCAUUCAUGGUGUUUAACUUCCGAGAAGGAGAGUACCAAAGCCAGAUUGCUAGCAUAUUGUCUGAGUAUGAUAUGACUGUAAUGGACUAUCCUCGUCAAUAUGAAGGUUGCCCAUUACUCAACUUGGAGGUGAUCCAUCAUUUCUUGAGAUCAAGUGAAAGCUGGUUAUUGCUUGGGCAACAAAAUGUGAUCUUAAUGCAUAGUGAACUAGGUGGGUGGCCAGUUGUGGCAUUUAUGCUUGCUGCUCUCCUAAUAUAUAGGAAGCAGUUCACUGGCGAGCAGAAAACAUUAGAAAUGAUCUAUAAGCAAGCACCUCGUGAGCUUUUGCAUUUAAUGUCUCCCUUGAAUCCACUACCCUCUCAACUAAGGUAUCUUCAAUAUGUCUCUAGGAGAAAUGCAGGUUCAGAAUGGCCUCCAUCAGAUAGGGCACUCACAUUAGACUGUAUUAUUCUAAGAUUUAUUCCUAAUAUGGAUGGUGAAGGGGGCUGCCGUCCAGUAUUUAGGAUAUAUGGACAGGAUCCUCUUAUGGCUGCUGACAGGACCCCCAAAGUUCUAUUCUCUACACCGAAGAAGACUAAACUUGUUCGCUAUUACAAGCAGGUGGAUUGCGAAUUAGUUAAAAUCGACAUCCAUUGCCAUGUUCUGGGUGAUGUCGUGCUCGAAUGUAUUAGUUUGCAUAGUGAUCAGGAGCGGGAAUCAAUGAUGUUCAGGGUCAUGUUCAAUACGGCAUUUAUAAGAUCAAAUAUUUUGAUGCUUAACCGUGAAGAAAUUGACAUCUUAUGGAAUGCCAUGGACCAAUUUCCAAAGGACUUUAGAGUAGAGGUUAUUUUCUCAGAUAUGGAUGUUGCAACUUCAGUUAUUUCAAUUGAUUUACCUGGUAUUGAGGAGAAAGAUGGCCUUCCCAUGGAAGCUUUUGCUAAAGUUCAAGAGAUUUUCAGCAAUGUUGAUUGGCUAUCUCCAAAGACAGAUGUAGCAAAUAUGCUGCUUCAGCCUAUCUCAGUAUCAAAUAUACUACAAGAAAAUUUGGAGACAGGUUCUCCCAAGGGUAUGGAAAGAGCCAGUGUCUUGCAUGAUGAUAAAGUCAAGGAGAAAUCAAAAUUACAGGUAUCAGAACACAUGCUUGCAAGUCCAACAUUUGCUUCUUUGGAGAAACAAUCUACAUUCUCUUUUAAACCAUCGGACCACAAGCCUGCACGGCCUAAACCCUCUUCUGUAUCAUCUUCAGAUACAAGCCCAAUUGAGGGGAAAACUGAAUUGCAAGAACUUCAAGUUGCUCCACAAGAAGCAGAACAUUCUAAGACCUCUAUUAAACUAUCCCCAGAAGCAAAUUCAAUUAGAAGAAAAGUUGAAAUUCCAGAACUUCAAGUUGCUCUACAACAGCCUGCGCAAUCUACAUCAUCUUUCAAACCAACCCUAACUGUAAAUUCAACCAGAAAGAAAAUUGAACCCCAAGAACUUCAGGUUGCUCUUCAACGGCCUGCACAACCUAAGAUCAUAUCCCAGCGAGUGCCUUAUUCUUCAAUCUCUGCACCAGUUUCAUAUUGCAAUUCCUUGGAAGGCUCAUCUUUGCCAAUAUCAAGAUACCAUAGUGCACCUUCAGCUCUUGGCAUUACAGCUCUAUUGCAUGAUCAUGCUGUAUCUAAAAGUGAAGAAUGCCUUCAUCCUUUGACAUUACCUUUAUCUUCCUCCGCUAUUUCAUCUCCUUCUUUGUCAAAUGCACCUAAACCUUUGCAGCUUACUCUUGCGAUUACUUCACCAAAUCCUCCUUCACCUGGUACACAAUCUACCAGUGAAGCUCCCCUAAUAACAAAAGCUUCUCCCAUUCUUUCACCUAAAGAGACCUUAAAAGCAACACAUACCAAACAUCCAGGAACCACAUCACUUGGUAUAGUUCAGUCAUCGUUUGUUCCUCCCCCUCCUCUGUUGCCUUCUCUUUCAGGAGCAUCCUCUGUCAUGGAAAUUAAUUCAAGCUCAUCUUCUGCUUCUCAAGGCCCAUCUUUUCCCGAUAUAUUUCCUUCUCCUGCAGUGAAGAACUCAUUCCACUCUCCCCCACCCCCGCCCCCUCAUCUACCUUCCUUUUCAGGGGCACCUCCAUCUCCCUUGGUUAAGAACUCACCCCAAUCUACCCCUCCCCCUCCUCCUUUUUCUGGCAAAUCUCCUCCUAUGGUCAAGAACUCACUACAAUCUUGCCCUCCCCCUCCCCCUCCCCUGCCUUCCUCUUCAAGUCCAUCUCUAGCUCCCACUGUCAAGAACUUGUCUCAGUCUUCCCCUCCCCCACCACCACUCCCUCAAUUCUCAGGAAUAUUUCCAUCUUCUACUGUAAAGAAUUCAUUUUCAGCUCCCCCUUCCCCUCCUCCUCCACCACUCCCUACUGCUGCUUCCUCAGCCACCUGCUCAAUUUCUUCAUCACCACAGCUUUGGACGUCUGGACCUCCUCCACCGCCACCACCUCCCCUACAUUCUGGAUCUGUCUCAGAUCCUAUUAGUAAAUCCUCAGUGCCACAGCCACCCCCUCCAACUAAUCUUGCUCCAAAGGGUCUAUCAAAUAACUCUGCACAUGUGCCACCUGUGCCACCUCCUCCAGCACCUUGUGCCAAAGGAUUAUCUAAAGCAGGUGAUACCUCUCCACAGUCACACUCGGUAAGCAAUGGCAAUAUACCUUCAAUUCCAGGACCACCUUCUGGUGCUCCUUUGAGUUUGAAGGGACGGGGCAUAUCACGUACUGGUCCUAAAAAUCAGGCUCAAUCCAGAAAAACCAACUUGAAGCCAUAUCAUUGGUUGAAGUUGACAAGGGCCACACAAGGAAGCUUAUGGGCUGAGGCACAAAAACCUGAGGAAGCUUCCAAGGCUCCAGAAUUUGACAUGUCAGAACUUGAGAAUCUUUUCUCUGCAGCUGCACCAAAUUCAGAUAAUAGUAGCAGGGAUGGGAAAUCAAAUCGUCGUGCCUCAGGCCGUAAACCUGAGAAAGUCCAGCUGAUUGAGCUUAGGCGGGCAUAUAAUUGUGAAAUCAUGCUCACUAAAGUUAAAAUUCCUUUGCCUGAUUUGAUGAGUUCGGUCCUUGCCUUAGAUGAUACAGCAUUAGAUGCUGAUCAGCUUGAGAACCUAAUAAAGUUUUGUCCUACAAAAGAAGAGAUGGAAUUGCUCAAGGUUUACAAUGGAGAUAAGGAAAACUUGGGAAAAUGUGAACAGUUUUUCCUAGAAUUGAUAAAAGUGCCACGGGUAGAGUCAAAGCUAAGAGUUUUCUUAUUCAAGAUACAAUUCUGUUCCCAGGUUCUUGACCUUAGAAAUAGCUUGAAUACUGUAAACUCUGCUGCUGAAGAGGUGAGGAAUUCGGUCAAAUUGAAAAGGAUCAUGCAAACUAUUCUUUCUCUGGGAAAUGCAUUGAACCAUGGAACUGCAAGGGGUUCUGCUAUUGGUUUUCGGUUGGAUAGUCUCCUUAAACUCACUGACACACGAGCUCGGAAUAACAAGAUGACUCUCAUGCAUUAUCUGUGUAAGGUCCUGGUCAGUAAGUUGCCAGAAUUACUAGAUUUUCCAAAAGACCUUGUGACUUUGGAAGCUUCAACAAAGAUACAAUUGAAAUGUUUGGCAGAGGAAAUGCAAGCCAUUAGUAAAGGGUUGGAGAAAGUUGUACAAGAACUGACUGCCUCAGAAAAUGACGGUCCUGUGUCUGAAACUUUUUGCAGGACUUUAAAGGAGUUCCUUAGUUUUGCUGAAGGUGAAGUCAGGUCUUUGGCUUCGCUUUAUUCUAGUGUGGGUAGAAAUGCAGAUGCCUUGGCUCUCUAUUUUGGAGAAGAUCCAGCACGUUGCCCAUUUGAGCAAGUUGUGUCUACUUUGCUCAACUUUGUGAGGAUGUUUGUUCGAGCACACGAGGAAAACUGCAAGCAGCUUGAAUUGGAAAAGAAGAAAGCACAGAAGGAGGCAGAAAAUGAGAAGCUGAAAGUUAGUACUCUCACAAAGGAGUCUGAUCACAUGAUACAGAGUCCAAACAAAAGUGCCAAUAUUCAGUAA